UAUUUUAUAUUUCCGAGAUGGUUUUUCUAAUUAGUACAUAAACUUGAAUCACGUUGAUUCUCCUCAGUUACGCCCCUCUGUCCGAUUGAUCUUGAAUGGCCGCCAUGGCAUCUAAGGCUCCAGCUCUUCUUAAAUCCGCCCUUGAUGGAGCACAGCCGAAAUUUCAGACCUUCUUGCGCUACGCGAAGGUAGAGUUGGCCCCUCCAACCCCCGGAGAGCUCGGCCAGGUUAGCCAGGGAAUCCAGCGAUUGCUGUCUGGAUUCAGGACUGGCCGCUGGAAGCAGCUGACUGUCAAGGAAGCGACUCUUAACACUCUGGUCUUCACUGAAGUUGUAUGCUGGUUCUUCAUCGGUGAGUGCAUUGGCAAGAGGAGCAUCGUUGGCUACAAGGUUUAAACAUCUCGCCAUUGUAAAGUGUUGUAGACAAAGUCUUGUUGAAAACAACUUCGUGUAGACUACAUUCUUAAAAUAAAAUGAUUAUCGUUAUAAUUUAAAAACAAA